AUGCAAAAGGCCCCUACCAAGUCCCUUAUAGUGGGCUACUUGGGAGGGGAUGAAGGCAUCGACGCAGCCUUGGUUCUGAAAGGUUGUGGGAAGCAUUUACAGGAAGAAAAGGCCACGGUGGUGGCUGCCCAUCUCCCCAACGCUGCCCUCAGGGCCAAAGCUUGCUCGCCCCCAACGCUGAUCAUGGUGGUGGAAGCCGUGAAGGAGCUCAACGAGAGGAAGGGGGUCUCUGUGCCAGCCAUCAAGCGCUACAUCACCCACACAUACCCCUCCGUGGACCCCAUCCGGCUCAAGUACUACCUGAAGAUGGCCCUGGCCAAGGGGCUGGAGAAGGGGCUCCUCUCCCGGCCCCCCAACUCGACUGCCCAGGGGGCCACCGGCAGAUUUAAGCUGGCAAGAGAGACAGGGAAGCCAAAGGAGAAGGCAGCCCCUCAGGAAGCAGAAAGGGCAGACAAACCGGAGAAGAAGGUGGCAAAGAAGAAGAAGGAAGAGGCAGCAGCAGGGAAGGAGCCGAGGGCCAAGCGCCCGGCCAAGAGGGUGAAGAAGCCGAAAGCCAAGUCGGCAGUGGAGAAGCCGAGCAAGAGCAAAACAGGUGCCAAAGAGGAGAAGAAAAAGGUGGUGUCCACUGCGGGCAAGGGAGUCAAAGCGGAGGUGGACCAAGGCUCUGCCAAGGCUCUUGUCAAGGCCAGGGACAAGGCUGAGAAGGGCAAAGCCCCCAAAAGGCCUCAGCAUCCAAAGGACUCCCAGGAGAAACUAGACCCCAAGGAAGGAAGAGCAGGAGGACCCAAGGUGGCCACCAAACACAAAGCCCCCAGCCGGCAAGAGAAAGGCGAUGGCCAUAGGCCACCCCUGGCCAAGGGAACCAUAGCAGCCAAGCCGGCCAGAACCGAGGGCAAGCCCGAGGCAAAAAAAGGCCCCUCGGCUAAAGGAAAGGCUGGUGUGGCCAGAGCGGAGGCCGCUGGGCCCUCAAAAAAGCCAGAGGCAAAGAAGGGGGUGGCUGGCGGCAAGGGGAGGAAGGAGGGGGCCGCCAGGGCUGGGGCCUCCUCAGACGCCCCAUAA